AUGGCCAGCAAAGACCUCGAGAACCUCUAUCACGUCGUUUUCAGCAUCUCCAACAUCUCCAAAGAUCCCAACCUCGCGGUCGAGAAACUGCGCAUCUGCGGCUCCUAUACAGACCUGCCGGCCGCAAAGGCCGCCGCCCACCGGACUCUCUUCGAGGCGGGCUACGAGCGAGAAUGGUUCACCGAAUACGACACCAACGAGCAAGACUUUGAAACCCACCACAUCAAGAGAAAAACCGGCCUGUGUGUCUUUGCCAAGGCGAGCGACGGCACCAUCUUCCGCGUGAGCGUGGCCACCACGCAAAACACCCAGGGUUUCGAGAGCAACCCCGAGGACCAUAAAGUGCACGGCGAUGUGUACCACGUGGUUCAGACCAUCGUCCUGUACGACGAGGACGACAGUGGCAAAGCCCGGGAAACGAUCGUCGAAGGCUCAUUUAAAAAGUACGAGGAUGCUCGGAAGUUCGCCAGCACAGUCCUGCUGGCGCCCGAGGACGGCGUGACAAAGGAGUCGUUUGCAGAGUACGACGAAGCCGGACCGACGGAGAAGGACUGCGGAUACGGCGAGAAUGUGGUGGUACAUGCGGUCGGCAGCAACGGCGAGAAUCUAUUAAUCAGUGUCCUGAAGGGACAAGAGAUGGAGUCGGUGAGGUUGGCAGAGGCAGCCAUGAGAAUCCGCUCGUUCAACUAA